GGGAGGAGGAAGAGGAAGAUGGAUGUGUCUGCGCUGAGACAGCAGUACAGGAUGUGCAGAGAUAAGCAGAGGACAGAGUUUCACCUGCUGAGGACAGGUGAGGGGACAGUGUCUCCAGGCUCCUCUGACCUCCUGGGUGUCGUCAGCAUCGUACCCGUUGCUCAGGGUUGGACGUCGUCAUGGCAACCAGCCCGCCCCUUCCCUCCCGACCCGAAGACGUCGGACCCGUGGCGCGUCCACCUGGACCUGCACCGGCGCUGCCCUGCAGUCGCCAUGGAGACGGAGCGGAGCCGCUCCAGGUCCAGAACCGCCUCCAGCUGGUUCUGGUUCCGACCCGAUCCACCUCUGAUCUGGACCUCUGCUCUUCAUCCCCAGAUCAUCCUCACAGGCCCCGCCCACAGACACACACACGGCUGGUUCUGGUUCCGCCCCUUCCAGAGGACGCUUCACCAGACGCUGCGCCAGCCUGGACCAGAACCAGAACCAGGACCAGAACCAGGACCAGAACCAGAACCCAAGAGGUGGAUCCGGGGCCUUUCUGAACUGCUACCCAUUCCCCAGCAGUAGAACCCUGAGGAUCUCUGAGGCUGCCAGGAGGCUGGGCCUGUACCCGUCCUCCUGAGGUUCUGACGGGUCCAGAACCCGACUGGAACCCACCAGAGCUAACAGAACCUGCUAGUUCCUGUUUCCUGUCCAUUCUCCUCUGGACCUGAACAGAACCGAGCCCAGAUAAAAGCUGCUGAUUGGUCUCAUGUUUCUGUUUCAAACAUGAUGUAAAGAAAUGUCUCCAGAACCAGAACUGGACCGGUUCUGGAGACAUAAUGAAAUAUUUCCAGGACCAGACCGGUUCUGAUGAUGUAAUGUUUCCAGAACCCUUUAGUCAAAAUCAUUCGUAGCUUAUUCAUAAAUGCAGAUAUUUACUUUUUUAAACUUUGGAUUCAUUCAUUUUAUUUUUCAGGGUUUUUAUCGCUGCUGAAUUUUAAGCUUUUAAAACAUUUUUCACUUUUUUCUGUUAUUUUUAUGUUUACUGCUUUUAAAAAUCAUAUUUCAGUAUUUCCUCAUCCCUCUGAGGUUCUGCGUGUUCCUAUUAGUUUUUACAAUCAUAUUUCAGGAUUUUGUUUCAUUUUGGUUUCCAUUUAUUUUAUUUUUGUGUAAUUCUUAUUCUGGGUCUUUUUUCCAUUUAUUUAUUGAUUUAAGUUGCUUUUUGAUAUGCUGACAUUUAUAGAUUUUGGUUUUGUCCCACUAAAUUUAUUCUCACUGUUUUAUUUUGAUUGAUUGAUUUUUUUUAAUAAUAGCUUUGCUGCGUUUUCAAUCCGCUUUUUUAAACUCAUCGCGCUUUUUGACCCUCGUAGGCCACU